UUACAGGUAAGACGCCCAAGAUCCAGUGUGUUUCAGACAGCCAUGGGCAUGGAGGUCCACAGGCACCACUCUCACCACUGAGGGGACAUCAUCACUACAGGGGAUCACCACCAAACAAUCCGGAUUACAUGACCACAACAUACAGAAGAGCAGCUGCAUAGUUCGGAUGAAAUCGAUUUGAUCUCGUAUUCUGACAAAGAAAGGGAACUGAACGGAUUACGCAGAGUUAGCUGUUUUUGCACAAGCUCCAGGCUGAUUCCCAGCACCUCUUUCACAGUUUGAACACUUCUGUGUGUUUUCACACUCUUCCAGCCUUCCUUUUCACAGGUUUACACCACCAUACUCUUUCACAAUGGUUGUGGGUAAGAUGAAGCUCACUUUUCAGAAGAGGGUGAAGCUGGCCCAGGGUUUAUGGAUGCUCUCGUGGUUUGCAACUCUGGGUGGAGCCGUCACCUUCGCUUUAGGAUGCUUCCUAAAGACUGAGCUUCGAAGGAGGGGAGAGGUGAUGGACAACACAGACAUCCACUGUGUGCCCAACACUUUGAUGAUCGUGGGUCUGGCUUCAAUGGGUAUCAAUUACUUUGCCAGUCGAAUCUGCCAGGAUGCCCUGGACCCCGGCCGGUUCCCGCGAUGGAAGACCUUCCUGAAGCCCUUUUACGGAUGCUCGGUCUUCUUCACCACGCUCAUGCUGAUUUCAGUCAUCCUGAGCUACAUCAUGAAGGGCAGCCUGGAGACCUCGCUGAAGAUCGGCCUGAAGAACGGCAUCCGCUUCUACAAGGACACCGACACCCCCGGACGCUGCUUCCAGAAGCAGACCAUCGAUCGCCUGCAGAUGGAGUUCCAGUGCUGCGGGAACAGCAACUACAGGGACUGGUUCGAGGUGCAGUGGAUCAGCAACCGUUACCUGGACUUCAGCUCGAAGGAGGUCAAGGACCGCAUUAAGAGCAAUGUGGACGGCCGUUACUUGAUUGACAGUGUGCCCUUCAGCUGCUGUAACCCUAGCUCUCCCAGACCCUGUAUCCAGUACAGAAUCACCAACAACACGGCCCACUACAACUACGAGCACCAGACCGACGAGCUCAACCUCUUCAUUCACGGCUGCAGAGAAGCCCUGGUCAACUAUUACAUGGGGCUGAUGAACGCCAUUGGAGCCGUGGUUCUGUCCGUCUUUCUGCUUCAGUGCUCGGUGUUGGCCAGUGUGCGUCUCCUGCAGACGUCUAUGGAGGCCGUGGCUGGACAGGAGAAUGUGGAGGUGGACAGCGAGGGCUACUUGCUUGAGAAGGGAGUGAAGGAGACCUUCAUGGAGUAUGUGGAUCCUGUGCUGAAGCUCCUGUGGCUGAACGAGGUGACCCCCGCCGAAGCCAAAGCGGAAGCAGGGACCAGCUAAAGAGAUGAAGAGUCAGAACGAGGGAUGACAACUAAUCCAAGAAUUCAUUUUUAUAUAUCAGUUUUAAUGACAAGAGUUGAGUACAUCAUUAAUACACUUAAACAGUAGCCACACUUCACCCAAUUUCAUUAGAAAUCUUCUGAAUGAUGAAGGGAUCCACUGUCAUUUCUGCAGCACCGUACUCCUCACUUAGCAGUGUGCUUAACUUUCCUCUCUGAACGGUUGCAUAUUUGAGUGAGGGUGCUGUUUCUUAACAGAAAGAUCUAUUAUAAUUCUUCCCCAUUUCUUUACAAACUAUAGCCUGUUUUGCAGUACCACUGCUAUGGAUGCUUGACAGGAAUAACAGAAAGAUGCAAAUCAAUAAUACCCUUGUGAAAAAGAUGUGCACUUAACUGAAGAGAAGGUGAACUUGUAGUGUACAUUCUGAAAAAAUCUGAAAAGUAUAUAUAUAUAUUAACAAAAAAAAUAAUGUACUUGCAGGUAAUAUAGUUAAUGAAAUUAAAGGCCACUUGAUGUUUCUUUCUCAAGUACGCUUUUAAAAAGUGCACUUUGUUAAGUACACUUAUUUUAAACAGUUUUAAAUAUUUGAUUAUAAUUUGUACUGAUUCGGUUUGAUGUUUAAAGUUUAUAAUUUUAAAUGUACUAAAUUGCAAAUAAACGUCUUCAUUACAAGCAUGUACUUACAAAUCUUUUUAAAUACACAACAUAUAUGUUUCAGUCGAAAUGACAUUAAAGUAUAUUUUAGUUUUCCCAGUAAUAUUUGUCACACAUUUAUUGAAAACAGCAGUAAUUAUGAAAUGACAUACAUGUACUGUAUAGAGAUCCUACUUGAGUGGGUGAGGAAUACUCUCUGAACCUCAACUAAUUGUAUUUAACAUAAAUGCAAACAAUAACAGACUUUCAUUUAAAUGCAAAUAACAUGCAGUUAGGUAUCCAAAAACAUUAGAUUCUCUUUGCAGUAAAGUAUAUUAUUUCUGUGAUCCUCUUAUUAAAAGUAUGCUGAAGUGAACUUCUUUUUCUCAAGGGUAAGCCCCUUCAUCACAUCUUACACUGUGUGUUACUACACAGCCUAUAUAUGAAGUAUGAAGUAUGUUCUAAUAGGAUUGUAUUUCCGCUUGCAGUGUGGACAAGCAAACUAUUUGAUACUGGAAAUCAUUAUUUAAUAAUAUUAUGAUAAAUUGGAAGUAAAUUAUUGUUAAAUCUCAAUUAUUAUUUGCUCAUCCAGUGUUACUUGCAUGUUGUAAACAUAAAUACUUAACUGUCAUUAAGUCAUUUGUUGGUUUGUUUUGCAUUCAGCAUGGAAUUAAAAGCAUUGUAAGUGUAGAUGAUGCUCAACGCUCUGCUAUGAAACACUACUGCACUCGAAUCUGUCCAGUCUAAUAAAUUCUGACAUUUUGAACCGCUUUGUUGUCUAGAGAUAUUUUGUGGAAAUAAAUGCAUACAGAUCA